GCGUAGGAAGCAGAAGAAGAAGAAUAUUUUGCAUGACAGCGCUGUGUUGUGCUUAUGAGGUGUGUGCAGCAGGAGGCAACAGUAAUUUCAUUGAAAGAAGCAGAAGGAGGAUAGUAAGAGGAUAGAUCCGGGCGUUUCCCUAGAAUGGGGACCCAAGUAAAAGAUGUAGUUUUAAAACCUGAUGCACCAAACACACUUCUGUUGGACAAGCAUGCAGACUACAUUGCAGCUUACGGCUCCAAGAAGGAUGACUAUGAAUACACCUUAUCGGAAUAUCUGCGGAUGAGUGGCAUUUACUGGGGCCUGACUGUGAUGGACCUGAUGGGGCAGCUGCACCGCAUGAACAGGGAGGAGAUCACUACGUUCAUCAGGGCGUGCCAGCAUGAGUGCGGUGGCGUUAGCGCUAGCAUUGGCCAUGACCCCCACUUACUGUACACUCUGAGCGCUGUGCAGAUCCUUUCGUUGUACAAUGACCUCAGUGUAAUAGAUGUUAAUAAGGUGGUUGAGUAUGUGAAAGGACUGCAGCAGGAAGAUGGAUCUUUCGCUGGGGACAAAUGGGGUGAAAUAGAUACACGAUUUUCCUUCUGUGCAGUAGCAACUCUGGCAUUGCUGGGCAAGUUGGAUGCAAUAAAUGUGGAUAGAGCGGUAGAGUUUGUUCUAUCGUGUAUGAACUUUGACGGUGGAUUUGGCUGCAGACCGGGUUCAGAGUCUCACGCUGGUCAGAUCUACUGCUGUACAGGGUUCCUCUCCAUCACAGGGCAGCUACACCAGGUCAAUGCAGACUUGCUGGGCUGGUGGCUGUGUGAGAGGCAGCUUCCGUCCGGAGGACUCAAUGGACGUCCAGAAAAGCUACCUGAUGUCUGUUAUUCCUGGUGGGUGUUGGCCUCCCUGAAAAUCAUUGGCAGAAUCCACUGGAUCGACAAAAGCAAGUUGCGUUCCUUCAUCUUGGCGUGCCAAGAUGAGGAGACGGGUGGCUUUGCUGACCGGCCUGGCGAUAUGGUGGACCCGUUCCACACCUUGUUUGGCAUUGCGGGCCUGUCCCUACUGGGAGAUGAGCAGAUAAAGGCCGUAAACCCAGUGUUCUGUAUGCCAGAGGACGUCCUCCAAAGGAUUGGCCUGCACCCCGAAAUCCUGAACUAACUCCUCUACCUCCGUUCCACGACGCUGCUGGCCAGGCCUAGAACACCAGGCCAGGGGUCAGAGUGUAACACAUGAGACAACAGGUGGUUACCAUGUAGCUGAGAUCCUGUACCCCUUCAGCUAACUGCAGGAUGAGAUGGGUUCCUGUUGUAGCUGGUCACUGCACAGGGAAAAUGUGUAAUGCUCCAUUGUUUGCUAGGGAAAAAAGUAAAGAUGUUUAUUUAAAAAGAGCAGUGUUUGUGAAAAGAGUGAAAAAUGAUUAUAACAUGGAACAAGCAUGCGGUUUCGAUGGCAUACAACUUGACAGUAAUUUUUAAAAAAUCAAUAUAGUUCUCAGCAUUUUAGAAAAUCUAAUAUGCAAAUUCAAGUACAAUAAUGUGAUGUAUGGAUAUACAUUCACACAUGGACCAUAAUUAUGACUAUGUACGAUUAUGUCCUUUUUGAUCUUUUGCACACAUGUUUGUGUAAAGACCAGCAGUGACAUUGGAAUGGUUUAUUGGAUGGUCUGAUGAAGCUUGCACUUGUAGAUUUUAAAUAUUGUUGUAUCCAAAAUGUCAUAUUUAUCUAAGGUUACAGAUUCACACUUAAUAUCAAACUUUCACUGUAGCCUUUGUUAGAUGGGCAGGGGGUUAUUCAACAAUACAUGCUCCCUUGACUUUUAUUUGAAGUCUCAGCCUUGUAAAUGCAAGCCAGUUUUAUUUUUAAUCGUCUUAUCCCCUGUAUCUUUUUUUAAUCCUAGUCCAUGGAGCUUGACAGUGGCACUAUUGUCAUGUGUUUCCUUUAUUCAGUCAAUAAACGUAUGUAUUGUA